AUGACGACCGCUGAGUUGCCGAACGAGGAGGGACCUCAGGGCGAGGCUUCGCAGCUGGAACAAGGAGCAGGCAGUUCGCGCGAGGAACUUGAAGAGCUCAUCGAUGACUUCAUCUACGCCGCGCGCGUUGGAGAGCUCGAGGAGAUGAAGGAGGCGCUCGCGUCUCUGAAGAUGCACUUUGCGGAGCCUCACAGCCUCUGCCGCUUUCUGGCGGGGCGCGAGAGCGAAAACAAAAACAAAAAACUUAAAAAAGACGGGCAGUGCUGGUGCGACAGCGAAGGCGGAAAGCCAAUCCAGGUUGUCGACGUUCCAGAUCCUUUUUCGGGGCAGACUGCGCUCCACAUGGCUGCCGCCAACGGCGAAGAAGAAAUCGCAAAAUACUUGAUUGUCGAGGAAGGUGUGUGUGCGGCAAGAUACAAGCCUGCUGUCCUCUGUGGCGCCCAGCACCUGCCGAAUCGCCUCGGAAACACCCCCCUGCACUGGGCUGUGACAAACCAGCGCCUGGCGCUCGUGAAGCUGAUCCUGGACUCCUCUCCGCCGCCGGCCGAGGAGACCGCUUCUUCUGCUGAGUCCUCCGCUUCUUCCGCAUCUGCGCCAGCCACUGGGCGCUCGUCGCGUGCACCUUCUGCUGCGCCGUUCUGCGUGGAAGUUUUGGCGCAGAACAGCGUGGGGAAGAGCGCGUUGUCGGAGGGCUUCAACUCGGGAAACAUGGAGGUCCUGCAGCUGCUGCUCGAGCACCAUUCGGCGAAGGCCCUGGAGGACUCCUACCAGCCGGUGACGGCCCCCAGGGGCGACGCCGCCCCAGAUACGGCGGAGGACGGCACGCCCACGCAGGACAGCGGCGCUGCCGCCGCGGAGACGGCCGCAGAGACUGCCCUACAAGCUGCGGGCGGCGAACGCGCGAGCGCGCUCUGCGCGGCAGAUAGCUGCCUCGUGCAGGAACUCACCCACGCGCUCAAAUUAGAUGCCUACACGAAGACAGCCGCGACGACGCGCAAGGGGUGCAGCAGGCCCCGGGAGAAGCGAGAGGCCGGCCAGGGCGCGAGCGAGGGCGCGAGCGAGGGCGCGUCUGCCGCCGCGCCGGAGGAAGCCGCCGCGAGCGAUUCGCAGGAGAGCGAGGGCGCAGAGAGCGACGGCAUCGUCGUGAAGUGCAGAGAAAUUGGGCUGUCGUGGACGGGCGAGGCCUUCGGGAAGGACGCGGCGCGCGACGACACAACUGGCCUCCACCUCUGGAGCGCUGCCGUCAUUGGCGCCCAAUGGAUGGCAGACCUCAGCAACCAGGGGCGCUUUGCGGGGGCCUCGGUUCUUGAACUCGGCGCAGGGUGUGGGCUGAUGGGGCUUGCGGCGGCGCUUCACUCGCGGGAGCCGCUCGCGGCGUUUUGCCAAAGCGACAUCUUCCCCCAUACGCUGAGGAACUUGGAGCGCGGCUUCGCGCUGAACGAUUUUACGAAGGACGGCGAAUCCUGGCAGCGAGCGGGCUGCGCCGCGCGCGCGGAAGUCCUCGCCCUCGACUGGUGCGACAAGAACUCCUGGCCGCGACUGGAGGGCGACAACGAGGGGAAAAAAGGGCAAUCAGAGAACUUCCAGCAGUUCGACUUGAUUCUCGGCAGCGACCUGCUUUACGACCGAAAGAUGCUCGCGCCGUUGGUGGACGUCGUGGCCUCGCUGCUGAAGAAGCCCGCUGGAACGUUUUACUACGUCCAUCGCCUCCACCGACAGGGCGCUGGAGAGCUAGUCGAUGAGCUGCGGCGUCGAGGCUUGAAGUGCGAGGAACGGUCGCCGCCCGACGAGUACUUCAGCAACCCGUUUGUGGAUAAAACUGAGGCGGAGGCUGAAGUGCAUCUCCCCGAGUUCACAUGCAGAGACUUUGUUAUGGUUCGCUGCGCGUGGCGAUGA